CCCUUCGUGACCGCAUUGCUCAGCGCUGGCAAAUUUAUUUAAAAGCAUCCAGCUAUCACAUUUUUAUCAGAACGACGUUCACAAGACUCAUACCCAGGCUUCGCUACUGCGUUGCAGCAAUACCCCUUUCACUACAAGAAAAGCGGACUUUAACGACUACGAUGGCUCCCGUAACCAACGGAAAAGUCGAGAAGAGCUCGAAGAUGCAUUCAAAAGUUGUAAUCAUCGGCUCUGGACCAGCUGGACAUACUGCUGCCAUCUACCUUGCCAGGGCCAAUCUGAGCCCAGUCUUAUUCGAGGGUUUCAUGGCCAACGGAUUUGCUGCAGGAGGACAGCUUACCACAACGACAGAUGUGGAGAACUUUCCCGGUUUCCCAACAGGCAUCUUAGGACCUGAGCUGAUGGAUAAAUUCCGCGAGCAGUCCGUCAGAUUUGGCACCAACAUCAUUACAGAGACCGUAUCCAAGAUCGACUUGUCUGCACGGCCUUUCCGCUACUGGAGGGAAAUGCAAGAGGACGAGGAACCUGAAACGGCAGACACGGUCAUCAUCGCUACCGGUGCUAGCGCGAAACGUCUUGGCCUCAAGGGUGAGUCUACGUACUGGCAAAGCGGUAUCAGUGCCUGUGCUGUCUGCGACGGCGCUGUUCCUAUAUUCCGGAACAAGCCUCUUGCUGUCAUUGGCGGCGGUGAUUCAGCAGCAGAAGAGGCGACUUAUCUUACCAAGUAUGGAUCCCAUGUAUAUGUGCUUGUCCGCCGCGAUGAGCUUCGUGCAUCCAAGAUCAUGGCAAAACGGCUUUUGAAUAAUCCCAAAGUGACCGUACUCUGGAACACUGUUGCCGUCGAGUGCCAAGGUGAUGGCGACCUGUUGAACAACCUGCGCAUCAAGAAUGUCUUGACGAACGAAGAGAAGGAUCUGCCCGUUAACGGCUUGUUCUAUGCUAUAGGCCACGAACCAGCCACGUCAAUCGUUCGCUCCCAAUUGCAAACGGACCCCGAUGGCUACAUCAUCACCGUACCUGGGACUACGCAGACCUCUGUGAAGGGAGUCUUUGCUGCCGGUGACGUGCAAGACAAGCGAUAUAGGCAGGCCAUCACCAGCGCUGGUAGCGGGUGUAUGGCUGCUCUCGAAGUGGAGAAACUCAUCUCGGAAGAAGAAGAAUUUGGAGAGUAAGCGAGGACGAUCCAUAUAGAAAUGCAAUCAUCUGUACUUUUAUCAAGGUCUUGAAAACUUAGAACUCCACUACUUUUAUAUAUCCUCUGCGGCGUGUAACCUCU